GGAUUAAUGCUUAUCAGAAACCCAGCCAGUAUUGUCCAUCAUCAUCCUCAUCUUCUUCAUGCACAUUCUCUACAGUUGUCUCCUCUGAACCUCAGCUGGAACCAAAUAACUGUUGUGUUCAUCCAAAAGAAUCUCCAUUUAGUUCAAUCCCUGUUCACUUAGCACCAGAAGCGCUGAGUCUGUUGAGAGGUGCUAGGGUACUGGCCCGCAGAGGUACCGAUGGACUUUACUACAUGGGUCACGUUGCCCGGGAGGUAGAGGGCUCCAGUGACCGGUUCCUUGUGGAGUUUGAGAAAUGCCAAUCAUUGAAAGGCAAAAGUCAGUUUCGUAUGCAAGAAACACCAGUUUGUGAUAUCAUCCACUAUGAAGAUGCAAGAUGGAGACCGCUGGUUCCAGGAGACCAUGUUCUAGCACCAGUAGAUGCCAAAAUGGAGCAGUAUGGACCUGGUACUGUUCUCCAAGGAACAGAAACCCGAGCCCGUGGUUUAGCUUUUGACAGCACAGGAGUCCUAGUGACUUUCUGGAAUGGGAGGACUAAGCAAGUUUCUCCUGGACUGGCCAUAUUGAUCCCUCAGAUUUUGAGUGACCGUAUUACCUUGGAGCUCUAUAUUCCUCCUGAAACCCAUAAGAAGCUGAUAGAAUCCUGCACCAGUUUCCCCUUUAUGGGCACUAGCAACAAACAUCAAGAUUAUCAGACAGAAGAGAAAUAUGGUGGCCCGGAAUCUCAUAUGUGUCUAUAUUGUGGACCUAAUACUGGUGUUUGCCAAAAAUGUCAUGUGCCUGAGGAGCUAUGGGUUGCCCUCAGGAAUUCACUUAACCACAUCAGUCAAAUCACAUCGACUAAAGAAAAAUCUUUCAAAAAGGUGGACAAAGCUUCUAGAAAAGAUUUCCAAUUAGAUCCUGUCAAGGAGAAGUCGAAACCUCAGAAGAGGAGCAUACAGGACCAUGGAAUCCACCAGAUAAGUAGACAUAAGGAACCUCUCGUCUAUAGUAAAGACACACAGACUGAAACACUCAACACUCCGGAAACAUCUUAUAACAAAAUAAGCAAUGGUGAUACACUGGGAUCAUCUUAUAAACCCUCAACUUCAAGUCUCAGAAACAGGACUCAUCUCCAAGAAACUUUGCAGCGCAUUGAAAAGGCAAUGAAAGAAGAUCGCAAGGCGAUGGAGUCUGUAAUUCUUGAACGGAGGCCACGCUCUGUUCCUCUGAAACUAAAUUAUGAAGCUAAAGUCAGGAAGACUCAGGAGCUGAGAGAACAAAAGGAACUGGUAACAGCAGAACUGCAGAGGAUGGGAGUAGAGGAGAGACAGAAGAGACGGGUAGAGAAGAUUCAGGACCUGGAACAGCGGGAACUGAUGCUCCAAGAUAGCAGACGGCUGCGUUCACAACAAAGAAUCUUGCUUGACUUGGAGAGGAGACAAGAUCAGAAGGGAUUGGAGGCUCAAAAAGCUGAAUCCCGCAGAGCCGCAGCCGAAGAAAGGAGCCGUAAGCAAGAUGAAGACUCGAGGAAUGAGUGGAGGAAAGAAGAUCAGAAAAUCCAUUUCUGGAAGGACCUUAGGAUGCAGCGAGAGAAUCUGUAUGAGGAGGAGAUCCAUAAACAGCAGGAAAAAGAAGAGAAGCAUAAGGAGCUGCUCCACAACCAGAUGACUACACGACAACGAGAGGCAGAUUUCCCAGACAGAAAAGGAAACCAGCAACUGCAGAAACAGUCCAAGCACGGGGUCUCGAAGAGACUGGAGCAAUUCUAUCAGCAGGCUGAGCAGCAGUCUCAGAAGGACAAGGAUUUACAGCAGUAUCUUAAGGAGCACAAUCUGAAGGCUCCCCGAUCAGCCAUGGUUCUUUGAGAACUGCAAUAUGAGGACAUCUGCUUUUGUUCUCUUAAAGGGGUAAAACACAUGAAUAUACUACUGUUUUUUAUAUACAAAGUGCUGCUGUAUAGAUGGAAAAGCUAGAAAGAGCGCGUCCUCAGUUGUGGAUAACUUAUAAUGAUGACAAAUAGCAAACCUACAAGACUACCUGGGGCUCUUCAUCAGGCAUACUGUAGAUUAGCACCGUUCAAAAA